AUGGAAAAUCAAGAAAAACUUCAAGAACUUACUACUUUUGUUGCCGACAACACCACUUCAAUUAAUGAAAUCAAGGAGGAAAUUACUUCUCUGAAAUAUUCAGUAGCUGAUAUUGGUACCCAAUUGAGAAUUCUUAUUCAAUUAUCACAGAACACUCAUCAACCACCAGAUCCACAUUCCUCUGGUGAAUCUCAAGCUGAAUCUACUAAUUCUUUAUCAGAUCUUCGGCAAAUCAUCAAGACCCUAAUUCCUCACAACAAAAGUAAGUUCUCUCGCACACCUAAAGUUGAUUUUCCGAGAUUUAACGGUUCCAACCCUCGACGUUGGGCUCUUAAGUGUGACCGUUAUUUUGCAUUUCACAAAUUUCCUGAUGAGGAUCGUGUAGAUAUGGCCGCUAUACACUUUGACUCUCAGGUGGAUUCAUGGUUUACUAAUUACCAACAAGAAGCAGAAGACCAAGAACAGUUGAGCCCUGAUGACUCACCUGUUAUGUCCCCUUCCACUCCUGAAUCUCCUAUUGAGAUAUCUAUGCAUGCCUUAACAGGGAAUGUUGUUCAUGAUACAAUCAGGAUUACAGGCAUUCAUGCUUCUCCAACAGGGUCAAUGUUAGUUAAUGUGGCAAAUGGAGACAGUCUCAUAAGCCAAGGCAUAUGUCAAGACUUACAUUGGGAUCUGCAUGGCCACAAAUUUUGUUCUAAUCUAAGGGUCUUACCAUUAGGUGGUUUUGAUAUGGUAUUGGGAGCUGACUGGUUACAAAAAUUGGGAGACAUUACCUUCAACUUUGCUCAACUUAAAAUCUCAUUUAUGCAUCAUGAGAGCUACAUCACACUUCAGGGCAGUCCUUCUAAACCCUCCAUUAACAUUAUUUCUGGCUCUUCCUUCAAUAAAUUCAUCAAAGAUAACACACCAACAUUAAUUGGUCAAUUUUUUGCUAUUGCUCAUGCACUUCCUACUCCCAUACCUACUCCAGUACAAGCAAUUGUGGAUUCUUUUCCUGAUGUUUUUGCAUCACCUACUGCACUUCCUCCACAGAGAAAUUUGGACCAUAAAAUUCCUCUUAAACCAGAUUCAUUACCCACUUCACAGAAACCCUAUAUAUGUCCUUACAUUCAUAAAUCUUUAGUGGAACAACUGGUGCAAGCAAUGAUUUAUACAGGGCUUAUUCAACCUAGCAACAACCCGUUUGCUUCUUCCAUUUUACUGGUGAAAAAGAAGAAUGGGACAUGGAGAUUCUGUGUUGAUUACAGAAAGCUCAAUGAGUUGACUGUCAAGGAUAAGUUUCUCAUUCCCUUAAUUGAUGAAUUGUUGGAUGAACUCAAAGGAGCUAUUAUCUUUACCAAAACUGACUUAAGAUCUGGUUACCAUCAAGUAAGAGUCUUUGGUCCUGAUAUAUUUAAAACAGCUUUUAGAACUCACCAUGGCCAUUAUGAAUUCAAAGUCAUGCCUUUUGGCCUUACAAAUGCUCAUGGUGUAGCUGCUGACCCUGCAAAAAUAUCCGUUAUGCAAACUUGGCCACUCCCUGCCAACUUAAGGCAAUUAAGAGGAUUCUUGGGCCUUAUAGGGUACUAUAGGAGGUUUAUCAAGGGCUAUGGUAACAUAUCUAAACCACUUACAUAUAUACUUAAGAAGGAUGCAUUUCAUUGGUCUGCAGCAGCUCAGGAAGCUUUCCAGGCUCUCAAGUAUGAAAUGACAAGAGCCCUAGUAUUGGCAUUACCUGACUUUACAAAGCAAUUUAUAUUAGAAACUAAUGCAUGUGACAGAGGAGUGGGAGCAGUACUUAUGCAAGAAGGCAGACCACUUUCUUUUUUCAGUAAAGCUUUGGGUCCUAAAACAUUGGCAUUAUCCACUUAUGAGAGAGAGCUUUUAGCCAUUGUCAUGGCAGUACAAAAAUGGAGGUAUUACCUCUCUCAUAGUAAUUUUAUCAUCCAUACUGACCAUCAAAGCUUACAACAUUUAAUGAAUCAAAGACUCUCCACUACCCUACAACAUAAGUGGCUAGUUAAAUUGAUGGGCUUUGACUAUGUCAUCAAAUACAAAAAGGGCCAAGACAAUGUGGUUGUUGAUGCUCUGUCCAGACUGCCAACCAUCUCUGCAGACUGCAAUGCUCUCACAUUGAGUACUCGUCAAUGGACAAAAGAUAUCAUAUCCAGCUAUGAAUGUGACCCUGUAGCUCAACAACAAAUUUCAGCCCUACUUGUCUCUCCUCCUCAGUCCAACUUUUCUUAUUCACAUGGCAUACUGAGAUUCAAGGGAAGACUAUACAUUGGUUCAGGUAAUGAUGUUAGACACUCUAUCCUUUAA